AGGACGCUGUGUAUGGAGAGUGGCCCUGGCAGAUUAGCCUGAGAAGGAAUGGAUACCAUAUCUGUGGGGGAGUCAUGGUGGACAGCCAGUGGAUCGUGAGCGCGGCGCACUGCUUUGUACAGCCCAUCUCAACCUCAGAUUUCCUGGUGAAUCUGGGCGCUUACCAGCUUUCUGUACCCACUGGGAUCCUGUCCACGGUCAGUGCCAUCUACAUCCAUCCCAUAUAUACUCAUCCGGGCUCCAGUGGAGAUAUCGCCCUGGUCAAGCUGUCACAACCUGUGCCGUAUACGGACUAUGUGAUGCCAAUCUGUGUCCCCACCCAGGAUUUGCAGUUCCCGGCGGGCCUCAGCUGCUAUGUGACCGGCUGGGGAUCUAUACAGGAAGGAGUAAGCCUGCCCUCUCCACAGACCCUGCAGAUGGUCCAGCUUCCUAUCAUAGACCGGGCAGCCUGUGACGCCCUGUACCACACCAAUAACCCCACGCUGGGUGUCAAUACCACCGUUAUACAAUGGGACAUGAUCUGCGCAGGAUACCCAAAUGGAAGGCAGGACGCAUGCCAGGGCGACUCCGGGGGACCUCUGGCUUGUCAGUGGGACGGGUCUUGGCUCUUAGCUGGAGUGGUCAGCUGGGGAUUCGGCUGCGCGAUUCCAAACCGUCCCGGUGUGUACACCAGAGUCACGGCCUACUCAGACUGGAUCCAGCAAUACAUCCCACAGUUCCAGCAGACGCCUGCCAUCAUCGUCCCUCCAGACACCACCAAUGGCUCCGUGGGUCCAUCACCGUUCCUCAUCCUCCCCCUGAUCCUGCUGGCUCUUCUUACCAGCAAGUUGUAGCCUCCUGAGGACCAUGUUAUCGGCUGCAGAAGACCGGUGACGCCUCUCUGUGGGAGUCACACCCUUGUGCUAGACAAUAGCGUGUAUAUUAUUCCAUAGAACAGGUGUAUAAUACAACAAUCCUCCACACUCAGUGUUAUAUGCAGCCGCGUCCUGAUAAUAGACUUUGUGUUACUGCACUUUCAUUAAAUAA